UAUGUUUUACAAAAUCACAGUGAAAUUGUGUUUUAUCAGAUAUUUCUUUUAGACCACAGUGGUGCAUAGAACUUCUGUCCCACCAGUCGUAUUGUUAUGUAUUGCCUACCACAUGUCUAGGAUGGAGUUACACGUGGGCCAUUCUGCUGAGUCUUUAUGUACUGGAUUAGCAACUAAGUUUUAGCUCAUCUCUCAAGCUCCCACUCAUUCUGUCUCUUUAUCUUGUUUCCAGUGCUUCUUAGCUGUCUUUUACUUUCUAUACUUUGUCUCGCUGUAUAGUCAGAGAAAGCAAGAUUUUUGUUACAGCCAUGAAUCAAAAGGUUGUACUUAUCACUGGUUGUUCUUCUGGCAUUGGAUUGGCACUUGCUGUUCGUAUUGCAAGAGAUGAGAAGAAGAGGUUUAUGGUGUAUGCCACCAUGAGGAACCUGGCUAAAAAAGAAGCUUUGGUGGAGGCAGCAGGUUGUACUUUGGGACGCACACUGGAGAUCAAGCAGCUCGAUGUGUGUGAUGAGAACUCUAUCAAAGCCUGUGUGAAGAGUCUGCCCAGAGUCGACAUUCUCAUUAGUAAUGCUGGAAUGGGAAUGGUUGGCCCCAUUGAGUGUCGGACCAUUGAUGAGAUGAAAACUGUCAUGGACACCAACUUCUUUGGGCUUGUGCGACUCAUGAAGGAGGUUUUGCCUGAUAUGAAGAAGAGAAAAAGUGGCCACAUAGUGGUCAUUAGCAGUGUCAUGGGGAUUCAGGGUAUUUUGUUUAACGAUAUUUACGCUGCUUCCAAGUUUGCUGUUGAAGGGUUCUGUGAGAGUCUGGCAGUUCAAGCUCUGAGAUUUAAUCUAAAUAUCAGCCUCAUUGAACCAGGACCUGUCAUCACAGAGUUUGAGCAUAAGGCGUAUGAAGAAAGCUUGAAGAUAGACCUCUCCAAAGCUGAUAAAGUGACUGCAGAUAUGUUCAACAACAUCUACUUGAAGAAUUACAAGCAGAUAUUUGAGAGUCUUGGACAAACACCAGAAGAAGUUGCAGAGCACACAUUCAAAAUGAUUACCAUGAAGAACCCACCAUUUCGCCAUCAGACUAACAGUCUGUACACACCCAUGACCACCAUGAAAUAUGCAGAUCCAAAUGGUGACCUUCCCAUUGGAACCUUCUACAAGAUGGUGUUUGAACAUGACAAGGUGUUCACUGCAAGUCUCAAUAUCCUCAAGAUCUUGCGCUGGAGAAGCCGUAAGAGUGUCACUUUGGGAAAGUAAAGACAACCUCUUAAAGAAUAUUCUGCUAGAAAGGGAGGUGGAGGCAGGUUGAGCUAUUUACCUGGGUAUGUUUACUUAGAGUAACUGGAUAACUUUCAGUUCCAAAAGCUAAAGUAACUUUCAGGGUAUGUAGCCACAUAGAAUCUUACUGUCUGAACAUAACUUUCUCCAGAGCAGUUUAGGUUCCAGGCAGUAUCACCAAAGUGUAAGUAAAAGUGCUAAAUCAAAAAGAUCUAUACAUAUACAGAAAGGGUUGUCUAAUCUUGCUCCUGGAGGGCCACUUUCCUGUAGAGCAGAGGUCUUCAGCCCUGUUCCUGGGGACCCUGUACUGUAGAGUUUAGCUUCAACCCUAAUCAAGCACACCUGAACCAGCUAGUUAAGCUCUUCAUGAUCACUUGAAAAUCAUAAGCAGGCGUGCUGAAGCAGUUUGGAAAUAAACUUUGCCAGACAGUUGGUCACUUGGAGCAGGGUUGAAGACCUCUGCUGUAGAGUUUAGCUUCAACACACCUGCCAAGACAUUUCCAGUGAUCCUAAUGACUUUGAUUAGCUGGUUCAGCUGUGUUUAAUUGGAGCUGGAGAUAACCAGAGCCGCUUUGAGAUGAGCCUUUAAGGUUCAGGGUUCAAGGCUAUAAUAGGAUUGUAAUUGCCAAUAGUAGAGCAGCGGUAGUUGGUAUUUCCUCAUAAUGAGAAGAUCUCUGGAUAAACCCUGCUGGAUGGUGUGCUUCCAAGAACUGGAUGGGACACCCCUAUUAUACAACCAUAUUAUCUUUGCAAGCAAAGACUGUUUUCAUACUGUCAUUAUACACUUAUCAACCUCAUAAAUGGUUACAGAGAUAAACUGGGCAUCAUACACUAGACAAGAGUAUCACACACUACCAGACAUUCAAGUAGUUUUGAACGCAAUAAACUCGUUGACAAAACAAUAUGUGUUGUAAUAUGUGAAACAUGUUUGAUAUCCUCCUACUGGAUGGAAUCAAAGUCUGAAGCUUAAAAAACUGUGCUCGUCAUACACUAUGUGAUUUUCUGGAAAAUCUGUCAACUCUGACUGCUGAAAAUCUGGAUUUCACUUCAUUUUAAGGUGUCUUUGUUACAUUUAAGUAAUAUUAGGGUUUGGUUUAGGGUUAGUUGUAUGUAACUACGCAUAAUUUAGAGUUAUUACUAUAACAGUUAUAGCAGUUAGUAACUGCAUGUACUGUACACUGACAAUGACACUGUAAAAUAAAGUGUUACCAAAAUCUGCUUAGCCUACUAGCUCUGACUUUCAGCAUCUAGCAUCCAUCCUAGUCAAAAAUUUGAUCUCACAGUGAUCUCACCAUGAGCU